UUCCGGACACUGGGAGAGUCAUCGGAAGCUUUAUUUUCUCUCAUGAAUGGAGAUGACAUGUUUGCUACGUUUUAUACUAUUGGUGACUCCAACACCACCAUAAAGGUAUUUGGUACCGUGUACAUAUAUAUUUUUGUAUCAAUGUUCAUCUAUGUGGUGCUAUCGCUUUUCAUAGCCAUUAUAAUGGAUGCCUAUGAAGUAGUGAAGGUAAAAAUUUUUAAAAUUUUGUCACGACAGUUGCUUUGCUGUUCUGAGAGCUGGUGUUAG